UCCACAGUGCGCCGCGCGUGCCUCGUUUUUUCUCCUCCUCGAGAACACACGCACACACGGAAGCUAGCUCCCAGCCUUCUUCAGUCGGGGUCCUUGUACCGACCAUUCUCCCUUGCAGUGUCGCCCUCUCUCGAUUCUCUCUCCAGUCCAGCCGGGGCAGUCCCCCUUCCAUCAGGUAUUCAGGUGUUGCCUCCUGCAGAUCCAAAUUGGAAUUUGGGCCUUCGUCUCCACAUCACCAAUCUGGUAAAUACGGGCAAUAAACAGCUCCCCCCCCGGAUCCUGACGCAGUUUCUUGCUUUUUCUCUCGCAAAUUAUUAUGGGAAGCGAAAGAUUAUAUUCUUCUUCCCUUUUUGCUUUGUUGAGCCCAAAAGGCUGAAGCUUUUGCGUUCUUCCCCACAAAUAUCUGGAGCCAUGCCUUUUGUUUUGUUUGGCCAUGGGGUGAAAUAGUAUGUGGGAUGGCCAACAAUUGGCAUGCGGCCCUUUUUUUCAUCCCUGCGACUGCAAGAGGCCUUCUUUUUAGAUCUGUGCCUUCCUCUUCCUGGUACGCUGUGAUUGGAGUCAGGUUUAGUGUUUAAUGAAGCUCUUUUUCUUGCCAACUUUUGGAUGACGCUUACAUCUUAUCACCCCUCGCUUGCUUCUUGGAUAGGCUGCCUUCUUUGGGUUUGCUCGCAGCAAACACAAGCCAUUUUACUGCUUGGAGGCUGCCACUUUUAGUAGCUCUGGCUCUUGAGUGAUCUCCAAGGGGAGGGAGGGGGAGGGGAGUGAUGGGGGAGUGCGAGGACUCGGAGGAGUACAGGUGCUGGGAGGAGCUUCUGCCGGACGCGCUGGGCCUCAUCUUCCGCAACCUGCCGCUCCAGGAGGUGCUCACCGUCCUGCCGCGGGUGUGCAAGUCCUGGGGCCGGGUGGUCGCCGGCCCCUACUGCUGGCAGGAGAUCGACAUCGAGGAGUGGAGCCAGCAGCAGAGCAAGCCGGAGCAGAUCGGCCGCAUGGUCGAGCUGCUCGUCGGCCGCAGCGGCGGCUCGUGCCGCCGCAUCAGCGUCUCCGGGCUGCCCUGCGACCCGCUCCUCUCGUUCAUAGGAGACCACGCUCGAGCUCUUCGCGCCCUGGAGAUUCCACGGAGCGAGAUCAGCGACUCCAUCGUGGAAACUGUGGCUCCCCGGCUAUCCAACGUCACCUUCCUGGACAUCAGCAGCUGCACCAAGAUCGGGGCUCGCGCCCUGGACGCUUUCGGCAAGCACUGCAAGUCCCUGGUGGGGCUCCGGCGGGUGAUGCACCCGAUCGACCUGGCGGACAAGGAGUGCCAGCACGACGAGGCCCACGCCAUCGCGUGCAGCAUGCCCAAGCUCCGGCACCUGGAGAUGGGGUACAUGCUGAUCACGACGGAGGCGGUGGCGGAGAUCCUGGGGCAGUGCCGCGAGCUCAAGUUCCUGGACCUGCGCGGCUGCUGGGCCGUGGACGACAAGCUCCUGCGGGAGCGCCACCCGGGGCUGCGCGUGCUGGGCCCGCGCGUCGAGGACUGCUACGAGAACAGCUUCUGGGAGGAGUGCUCCGACUACUCGGACGACGACGACGACUCCAUCUACUCGUGGGAGUUCAUGGACGACGGCGACGGCUACUACGCCGGCGUCGGCAGCGACGACGAGGCCAUCUGGGACGACGGCCAGGGCCUCGAGAACCUCGAGGUCAGGUUCUACGGCGGCGGCUUCAGCGAGAGCUUCGCCGGCUUCGACUGGCCGCCGUCGCCGUGAUCGUGAGAUCACCGCAGCAGUUAAUUAGUUGUUCCUGCUUGCUUUCUUUCUUUCUACUCUGUGCGCGUGCGCGUGUGUUGUUCGUUCCUGAGCUGAGCUUGCAGAUAUGUCGCUGCACCACCGAGUCUGCGACAUCGCUACUUCAUCUCCUCCUCCCUCUCCAUCUAGCUUGCAGAUAUGUUAAGUGGACUGCUAAUAGUAGUACAAUCUAGAUGUAAACUCUGGUGUUUACAUGAAGCAAAUCAACAUGCGUCGGUGAGAUUUCACCCUGCCAUUCUAGAGAGAAAAAAAA